GCUUAUUCCUGUCAAUUAUUGUACACCCAUAUGUGUAAAUUGUUUUGUAUUAAAACGAAAUUUUGUGUUUACGCUAAAUUAAAAGUGAUUUAGAGUUGAGAAGCAUGGAUGAUGAACGCCCAUUGCAAUACGAUAUCAAAUGGGAUGUAUGGGAGGGCAAGCCCAUAACAGACAUUAACUUCAAGCAUUACGGCAUCGUUAUUGAGUUUAUGUGGGAGAAUUCAUUUCUACAGAGCAUCGUAUAUGAGGGACUGGGUCUGCAUGAGUUGGCGGAAAUGAAGGGUAUAUAUACGGAUUAUUGUAGGCAUAUCUUACGCAACGAGUGCUCCGUGAUGAUGAUGAACGAGAGUGAAACCCGGAUUGAAGCCGUGGCCCUACUUGAGUGGAUGACUGAAGCUUGGCAUUCCUGGGUUUUUCUGCCCUCAUUUGUUGCGAAGGGCCUCUUCCAGAAGUUGAUUGACUUGAAGGAACAGCUCAUGGCCGACACCAAGAAGAACCUAAAUUUGGAUAACUUAGAUUGCCUGAUGGUGCACGAAAUUGGCUUUCCAAGCGAUUUGUAUGAAGACCAGGAUUUCGCAAUGUGCAUGUUCGACGUCUUCGGCAUGGUAGCCCAGCACAUGCACAUGCCACGCGUCUGCUUCAUUGCACUGACCUCCAAGGACCAGUAUGAAGCUGAAUUGGCCGAGUAUACAGAAUUGGGCAGAUCGAUCUACUCCAUUUAUAAGGCUGAAGGCAAUCAUCGGCCAUUCGAUUGUCUGCGCGACCUGGAUGAAAUGUACGCCCUGCUCUAUGUGCUGCCUCUGGAUCCGAUAUUACAUUAUAUGGAAUGGCCCGGAUUUGAGGCCUUCCAUGCAGCUCUAAAGGCAAAAGAGCAAAAGGAGAAAGAGGAGGAGCAGAUGCGACUAAAUGAAUUCUGAUACAAAUAGAUAUACCAUUUGUAAAUAGAUGAAAUCAUAAAACAAU